UGUUCAAGGUUAAUAGGAUGAGUGCGGAAGCAUAAAGAUAUCCUCUUUAGGCUCCCAGCCACCUCUUCAACCAGAAAAUGCUUACGCUCAAUGCUGUCCGGCCCUCCUCGUUAUCGGUUGUCCCCUUCUAUGGCAGCUAUCAAGUAUCUGGUCAAUUUUUAGUUCCUGCCAAUCUAAAUUGUUGGUUCGCAAGAGGCUGCAGUGCCUUCUUUUCAAAAGUCAGGACUUUUCAGCUCAAGACUGGAUUCUGGGAAUCAAUAAAAACUGGAUUGUUGAAGAAUAACACAACACAAGUCAUUGACUCACCCUCAACAGAUGAAGACGAUGAUGAUUCCCUGCCUCAGGAGUUUGUCCUUGUUGAAAAGACUGAACUUGAUGGAACAAUUGAACAAAUUAUUUUCUCUUCAGGGGGAGAUAUUGACGUUUAUGAUCUUCAAGCCCUUUGUGAUAAGGUGGGGUGGCCUAGGAGGCCUUUGUCAAAACUAGCUGCUGCUUUGAAGAAUAGCUAUAUGGUGGCCUCACUGCAUUCCAUCAGAAAGUCACCUGGCUCAGGUUCAGAGGAAAAUGACAAGAUGAAACUAAUUGGCAUGGCCCGUGCAACAUCAGACCAUGCCUUCAAUGCUACAAUAUGGGAUGUCCUCGUUGAUCCUAGCUAUCAGGGCCAAGGCCUUGGUAAGGCUCUUGUGGAGAAAUUGAUUCGGGCUCUUCUGCGGAGAGACAUCGGAAACAUAACUCUAUUUGCAGAUAGUCAAGUUGUGGAAUUUUACCGCAAUUUAGGUUUUGAACCUGACCCAGAGGGCAUAAAAGGCAUGUUUUGGUACCCAAAGUACUAAUUAAGUCCUUGCAAAGCCUGCUUUUGCCUAUUUUCCUCUGGUUGACGUCGUGGCAACAGCUGCUUGGUCCAGGAACCCAAUAGAUCUGAGAAUAUAAAAAUGCGAGAUUUACCAUAUAAGUUCCAAGAGAGGAAUGUUUUCAUUAAAAAGUACAAUAACAGCUGAGCAGCUUAAAAAGUUUAGUGCAAAAAAAUGAUAAUAGAUUUUAGUUGUUCACUUGUCAUGAUGACUUUUUGAUGAUUAUAUUUCUUUCUUGGGAUUUCACACUAAUUCUCCGUGAAAACAUUGACAUCAAUGCUGUAAUUAUUGGUGUCCUCACGAGUACCCUGCCUAAAACCAAAAAAAAAAAAAUCCCUUCUCUCUUCCGAUAUCUUUGCUUUUUGUCCAAUAGAUCAGUUGGAUGUGUACCGUUGGUUGAAGCACCACGUUCAUACAUCGCAUGUAUGUUUGCGCUUUACAUUAAAAUAAUCUGUCAUUCCAAUUAUCAUAUUCAAGUUGUGGUUUCUUCA